UCCUCCCUUCCCUGAAGCCAUAUCCUUGAGAGUGCCGGGCAGCUCGAAGACACGGGGCUUUUCCGUGGUCCCGGAGUCCUGGGAGAAGGCAGUGACCUGAGCAGGAACGGGCAGAACUGUGGGGCCAGACUGGCCUCCUUUGACCCACUCAGCUGCCUCUCUGGGGUUUUCCACAGCAGGCCCCCCUUGGCUUCCUCCUCUCCCCCACCCUUCCCUCCCUUUGUCUUCCUGUGGCCUCCCCUUCCUCCUACCACCUCCUCCUCCAGGGAGGGGGGCCCUGUGGGGGAAGGAAACCUGCCUCUGGCACAGAGUAGGCAGCGGUCCCAGGAAAGGUCAGAGCCCAGGGCGCCCCAGCUCUCGCCUGUGGGCUGGAAGGUCAGGACCCAGCCCCACCUGGCCAGCCUCACCGCCUGGUGCCAGGCUCCGCAUGGGCCUGUUUUGCUUCACUGCAUACCUCUCGUUCCACAGGCCAGGCCAGCCUGGCUAGGGGUAGGGAGGAGUCACCUUAGGGGAGGCUGGAAGAGGCUGGAGGAGCCCAGUGGGGCCAGGUAGAUGUGCAGGCAGUGCUGAUGGCCCCCAGGGACUGAGCCCAAGGGAACCGGAGCAGGAGAUGAGUGUCUGCCCUGCGACAGGUGCUCUGCACUGGCUCCAGAUGGGGACCCAGAGGCUGCUAAUCCAUCAUCAUUUACGGAUCGAGCCAGUGACAGUUGCUGAUAACUGUGAACAGGUUGCAGAGCUCAGCCACAGGAUCACGCUCCAAGCCGCUGGCAGCAGGACCAGGCUCGAUGCUGAGUCAAAGAUCAACUUAGGAGGAAAUUGGAGUUUUGGGCGAGAACAACUCCCUGGUGGCCUCACACCCAGGACAGUCCCCAGAGCCGAGCAGGCAGCACUGUGGCGGGGGAGGGGGGCUUGAAUCCCUGGUCCCAGUGAGGUCUUAGUGUGUUUCCCCGGCUGGUUCAAGCAGUCCUCUCAGCCCAGCCUCCCAAAGUGCUGGGAUUACAGGCAAGAGCCGCUGCACCUGGCCCCUGGCCCCACUUUGCCCCACUGCCCAUGCAGUGAGCAGUCAGGCCUGUCACUAACGGAGCAGAGGCAAGCUCAGGGGACUGAGACCCCUGGCUGAGUAGCCUUGGUGAAUGAAUUGGGGGCUAAGUUCCAGUCCAGGCUGGAUGGAGCCCAGGGCUGUGUGUCUCCCAGCCUCCUGUCCCCUCAUCCACAUUCGUCUUCCUUAGAGAUUCGAAUGCCCCAACGCCUAGGUCUGCGAGUGUCAAAUUGUUCUCACGGUCCCUCCAUCCUUCUCCACUGAAGGCUGCUCUUCAUUCUGUUUCUGUCAUCUUUUCGCUCCUUGUCCCUCUUACUCUGUUCUCUGGCCCCCGAUGAAAGCUGAGUCAGAGACAGACACUUCCCCUCAGUUCCCAAUGCCUCCCUUGGGGGGGGCCCCUCCUUGGCCAUAUCCGUCUGUGGCUCCAGGGUAAGUCUGCCCCCCCACCCUCAUGGGGCGGGGAGCUGGGGCAGCCCAGAGGCUGGGGGGAGGGAGUGGACUUUUGGCCCGUUUCGGUUAUUCCCUCCAUCUAGUCAACAGCUGCCUCGCAGGCUUAGCUCAUUCCUCUGACCCGCCAGGAAGCGGAGAGACCCAGAGAGCAGGAGGGAGGCAGAAACCUGGAGGCAGAAAGUGGAGGCGGACCUGAGCCGGAGGAAGAGGAGGCAGAGGCUGAGGCCAAUUCCACCCUAGCCUGCCCGGACACCUCCUUCUAGCCAAAGCCCCUGCCAGUUCCCUAGGGGUUCCGCCCCUCCCCCUCUCUGGGGCACUAGACCCCCGGGGCCCUGCAUCCCACCAUGUCGAUGGCUGUGGAAACCUUUGGCUUCUUCAUGGCUGCCGUGGGGCUGCUGAUGCUGGGGGUGACUCUGCCAAACAGCUACUGGCGAGUGUCCACCGUGCACGGGAGCGUCAUCACCACCAACACCAUCUUCGAGAACCUCUGGUUUAGCUGUGCCACGGAUUCCCUGGGCGUCUACAGCUGCUGGGAGUUCCCGUCUUUGCUGGCCCUUUCUGGGUAUAUUCAGGCCUGCCGGGCGCUCAUGAUCACCGCCAUCUUCCUGGGCUUCCUCGGCCUCUUGCUAGGCAUAGUGGGCCUGCGCUGCACCAACAUUGGAAGCCUGGAGCUCUCCAGGAAAGCCAAGCUGGCGGCCACCGCAGGUGCCCUCCACAUCCUAGCCGGUAUCUGCGGGAUGGUGGCCAUCUCCUGGUAUGCCUUCAACAUCACCCGGGACUUCUUCGACCCCCUGUACCCUGGAACCAAGUACGAGCUGGGCCCUGCCCUCUACCUGGGCUGGAGCGCCUCCCUGAUCUCCAUGCUGGGCGGCCUCUGCCUUUGCUCCACCUGCUGUUGUGGCUCUGAUGAGGACGCCGAGCGGGGUUGGGGAGAGGGCGGCACCCCAGCUGUGACCGGAGCCCCGCCCCGCAGCGCCCGGCUGCCUUACGGGGCUCCACUGUCCGUGAAGCCCGUCGCCACCUCGGACCAAGAAGACGACAGCAGCUUUGACAAAUACGGCAAAAACGCCUACGUGUAGCAGCUCUGUCCCGUGAACCCCACUGUCCUUCUCACUGCCCCACAGAGAGGUCCUGGCCGGGGCCCAUUCCCCUGUAGCAACUUCAGGGGCCGGCCACGCCACGCACCCGGAGCCACGCCCCUACAGGCCACGCCCCCCCCAUUGGAGCCUCGCUCCGACCACGCUCCUGCCAGGCCAAGAACCUCUCUUGGGAAGUCGCAUGCCCCCCUGAGGCUGGAUCCCUCAUCUUCUGAGCCUGGGCUCUGGGCUGUGAAGGGGGUGGAGUGUCCUCGCACGUUUGUAUUCUGUAUAAAUACUAACAAAUUUAUAUUGUGA